CUCAACAUGGCCCGCCCUAUCAAGCGCAUCACCGUCUCCUGCGGAUGGAUCAUCGACGGUAUCUCCAUCACGUACAACCUCAGCGACGGCAAGACCGCGACGCUCGAGCACGGCAGCCAGUUCGGCAGUGCCGCGACCGCCAUCGACUUCAACGCGGACGAGGUCCUCGCGAGCGUGCUCGGGCGCGCGGGUCGGCAGAGCUACUACCAGCGCGAGAUGGUGAACAACAUCGGCUUCGUCAUCUUCGACACCGCGAAGGGGACCACGCGCACCGUUGGGCCGUUCGGGAACGGGAAUAGGGCGACCGAGGGCACGCCGUUCAUCUGCUCGGAUGUGGUCGCUUUUGGGGGAUUCGCUGAGAGCACGCCUACUAGUACGUGUUUGCCGUCGCAUUGCGCGUGGCGGGGUGAUGUGUGCUGCCUUUUUUGGCGGUGCAGUGGGCUUGUCGGGUCUUUUCUUUCAUAA